ACGCGCGAGUUGCGACCAAACCUUUGAAUAUUAUUUUAAAAAAGGGAGGUGGCGAGGCCGGCGUCGGUCGACGCAGUUCGCGCGGGUGAGAUUGCCAUCAGCGGCAUCAGGACGGAGAGUAUCAGCUGUCACAGGGACGGUGCGGCCCGGUUCGGUGAAAGUGCGAACAGGAAUCGAAAACACAGAGCAGAACGGAAAAUGGCGUCUCUGAACGAGAGGUCCGUGUGGGAUGAGGUGGAGGAUGGCAUUGGUGAAGAGGUGCUUAAAAUGUCCACUGAGGAGAUUGUUCAGCGUACACGCCUGCUGGAUAGUGAGAUUAAGAUUAUGAAGAGUGAGGUGCUGAGAGUCACACAUGAGUUGCAGGCCAUGAAGGACAAAAUCAAGGAGAACAGUGAGAAAAUCAAAGUGAACAAGACCUUGCCGUACCUGGUAUCCAAUGUCAUUGAGUUACUGGACGUUGAUCCAAAUGACCAGGAGGAGGAUGGAGCAAAUGUCGAUCUGGAUUCCCAGCGGAAAGGGAAGUGUGCUGUGAUUAAAACAUCCACCCGUCAGACGUACUUCCUGCCUGUGAUUGGACUGGUCGAUGCUGAGAAACUGAAGCCUGGUGACCUCGUGGGUGUGAACAAGGAUUCCUACCUGAUCCUGGAGACUCUGCCGACUGAGUAUGACUCUCGGGUAAAGGCCAUGGAGGUGGAUGAGCGACCGACUGAGCAGUACGGUGACGUUGGGGGUCUGGACAAGCAGAUCCAGGAGCUUGUUGAAGCCAUUGUCCUCCCUAUGAAUCACAAGGAGAAGUUUGAGAAUCUGGGAAUCCAGCCUCCAAAGGGAGUUCUGAUGUACGGACCACCAGGAACAGGAAAGACCUUAUUGGCGAGAGCCUGUGCUGCACAGACCAAGGCUACCUUUCUGAAACUGGCAGGCCCACAGUUGGUGCAGAUGUUUAUUGGCGAUGGUGCAAAGCUUGUUCGUGAUGCUUUUGCUUUGGCCAAAGAGAAAGCUCCGUCCAUCAUCUUCAUCGAUGAACUGGAUGCCAUCGGCACAAAACGGUUUGACAGUGAAAAGGCUGGUGACCGUGAAGUUCAGCGAACAAUGUUGGAGCUGCUCAAUCAGUUGGAUGGCUUUCAGCCAAAUACCCUUGUCAAGGUGAUUGCAGCCACCAAUCGAGUUGAUAUCCUGGAUCCAGCUUUGCUGCGGUCUGGCAGACUUGAUCGGAAGAUUGAGUUCCCAAUGCCCAAUGAGGAGGCGCGAGCAAGGAUUAUGCAGAUUCACUCACGGAAGAUGAAUGUCAGUCCUGAUGUGAACUAUGAGGAGUUGGCUCGAUGUACCGAUGACUUCAAUGGAGCUCAGUGCAAAGCAGUGUGUGUGGAAGCGGGGAUGAUCGCUUUGCGCAGAGAGGCCACUGAGCUCACACAUGAAGAUUAUAUGGAGGGCAUCCUGGAGGUUCAGGCCAAGAAAAAGGCCAACCUCCAAUACUAUGCCUAGGAGCCAGGCCCCUUGUUGGUACCACUCCCCGUACGAUCCCUGGAGCUGGAUUCAAUGAAAUGAUUGCUUCUCCUGUAUUCAUGAAGUAGCUGAGCCAGGUGUGGGAUGGGGUCUGGGUAAUAUGUACAUGUAUCCAGAGGGGUCUUAUCACCUUGUCCAGUUAGGAGAUGGUAGUAAUAAACCCCCAGGCCAGGUCUCCGAUACACUGUACACAAGAAACAACUUCAAACAAAAUAACACACUCUGGUGUUCCAUGGCUUUACAUCUUUUUAAUUAUUGACCAACUGAAUGCUCAGUGUAUAUAUUACAAUCUCAAACACUCACUCCCUGAUCAGAUCAGUUUAUUCCUUCAAUCCUUGGCUAUAAACAUACAUCAAAAAUGGACAUCACAAUAUUUUACAAAUGUACUGUAAACAGAUAGUACUGCACUUGAUUUUGAUACAUCCCAGACCUGCAUGCUUCUUUCAGAAUGACGUGACACAAUGAGCACAGCACAGUGGUGAGAGAGAGGUCAGGAAUGGUGCAAUCAUUUCACGUGAUGCUUGGGAAAAGUGGGGAGUUGGAUCAAUGACUGAGAAGCUGUGGUGGUCAUGCCAGUAAAAGUGACAGGAGAGGAGAAGCUUGGAGCUCUUUAGAAGAUCAAGGUCUGAUCCCAUCAUGAACACACAAAUGUGAAUGGAGUAAGACUGAUAGACUGAGUGAUCCAGUCCUAUACCACCACCUCACAGAACCUCACCUUUCACUGAACCAUGGGUCAGUGCUGUUUGGAUGGGGGGUGGGGGGGUGCAUUAGGAAUGCCCCUGAAAUGAAUCAGUGUGAAACACGUCCUCCUCACUCCUGUUAUCAAGCUCAGUCAGGAUUGUUCAUGGGGUCUUACUGAAAAAGCUCAGCUCCACUCCCAGACCAUUAGAGUGAGAUACUUCAUUGUUUGGAGUUUGCUUGAUUGGUUUGAACCAGACCAGGCACAACUCUGAACCUUUAUAAGUUAAUUUUCCUGCUUGAUUUAAUAUACAUCUAGAGGGGAAUUAGUUUAAUUCUGAAGUAAGGUUUUUGAAAAUAUUUGAAAGAGCCUGUGGCUUUUAAUACAGAUAGGAGAUAAACUCAAUCCAGGAAAUAAACCAUUCCUCGACAAGAUGAUACCCACCUAUAUCGCCCUCCUCUUUUCCCCCCCUCAACCCACUGCUGCAUUUUUCUCCUGGUGCUUACUAUUAGUCAUUCACUGCCUUCUACAUACCAGUUUUAUCUACUGUCACUCAUUUCCCCCAACCAAACUUCAGCCUGUGCUGCUCCUCACCGAUGGACAAGUUUGGGGAGGGUUGAUCUGCUGAUCACUGCUCCUCACUGGUGUGACUUUGGGUGGCACGGUGCCUCAGUGGUUAACACUGGUGCCUCUGGUUCGAUUCCAGCCUCGAGUGUCUGCGUGGGUUUCGUCCGGAUGCUCUGGUUUCCUCACACAAUCCAGAGAUGUACAGGUUAGGUGGACUGGCCAUACUAAAUUGCCCGUAGUGUUCAGCGAUGUGUAGGCUAGGUGGAUUAGCCAUAGGAAAAAUGCAGGGUUACAGGGAUAGGGUAAGGGUCUGGAUGGGAUACUCUUCGGAGGGGUGGUGUGGACUCGAUGGGCCAAAUGGCCUGCUUCCACACUGUAGGGAUUCUAUGACUUAAAAUCUGAGCAUUGGUAAGGAGCAGUACCUGCCAGCCCUCUGUGCCGUGUCAUUUAUUCACCAGGAAUGACCACACGGACUCCAAUCCAAUGACCAAUGAUCCAUACUUUAAAAAUAGGGAAUCUAGCUGUGUAUUUCUACUUGGUAAAUAAAAAGGUGUAAUAGA